UUAUUAAUAAUUUGUGAAUUAAUGAGCCUCUCCUCUCUGGUUUUCAUUCCAGAAUUGUCUGUCCCUAUCUCUGUCUGUGUCCAUCGUUUUCUGGGUUUUCUUGAGUCCUUAACCUUGCACAUUCUUAAUUCUACAGUCUUUGUGUUGCUAUGUAUAUCUUUGCUUUUCUCUGCACCUCUCUCUCUGACUCUUUCUGAAAAAGAGACACUUUUCUCAAGUCUCUUAUUGAUUCUGCUUCUCGGUCUUUUUUACUAACUCCCUUUGCAUAUCUCUGGGUCUUUGUUAUUUGCAUUAGGGUCAGUCUAUAUGCAGCUGAAGACCACCUUUAUGCCCCUUUUUAACAAACUCGAUGAAUGGGAUUGGCCCAUUUGCCCUCAACAAAGAUGGCGAUAUAGUCGCUGGCCAUUGGGCCGCGAUACCCCUUCUGCGCGUGUGUCCUCACCUACAAUGGCAGCUAAGCUCGCGAGCGCGAUGCCCCGCCCAGUUCUUCGGCUCUCGCGGCAGUCUCUUGCGCCAAACUCGCGAGUCGGCUGGGCCCGCCCUCCGCGCUCCCUCGUUGGUGCGGCUCAGGCCGGCCAUGCGGCCAUUGGCUCAGCGGAUGCACACUCCCCCCCCACACCCCUGGGUCAGAUGGGGGCGGUUGGUGCUGACUUUAGGGGCCGCCUGGAGGAGGACCCGGCUUGUGAGGAGGAGGUCAAACCAGGAGCUGAUCUGGAGUUGGGGCCAUAAGCCUAGGAGUGCCCUGGGCGGUGCUGAAGCCAUGGCCCCACCACCACCCCCGCCACUAGCUGCCAGCACCCCACUCCUACAUGGCGAGUUUGGCUCCUACCCAGCCCGAGGCCUACGCUUCGCCCUCACUCUUACGCCACAGGCCCUGCACAUACAGAAGCUGCGCCCAAAGCCUGAAGCCAGGCCCCGGGGUGGCCUGGUCCUGCUGGCUGAGGUCUCAGGCUGCUGUAUCCUGCGGAGCCGCAGCCCCUCUGACUCAGCAGCCUACUUCUGCAUCUACACCUACCCACGGGGCCGGCGCAGGAGCCGGCGCAGAGCCACACGCAUCUUCCAGGCUGACGGGGCGGCCACAUAUGAGGAGAACCGUGCUGAGGCUCAGCGCUGGGCCACUGCCCUCACAUGUUUGCUCCGUGGACUGCCACUGCCUGGGGAUGGGGAAAUCACCUCUCAGCUUCUGCCAAGGCCACCCCGAUUGCUCCUAUUGGUCAAUCCCUUUGGGGGGCGGGGCCUGGCCUGGCAGUGGUGUAAAAACCACGUGCUGCCCAUGAUCUCCGAAGCUGGGCUGUCCUUCAACCUCAUCCAGACAGAACGACAGAACCACGCCAGGGAGCUGGUCCAGGGACUGAGCCUGAGUGAGUGGGACGGAAUUGUCACAGUCUCAGGAGAUGGGCUGCUGUAUGAGGUGCUGAAUGGACUUCUGGAUCGCCCCGACUGGGAAGAGGCUGUGAAGACACCCGUGGGCAUCCUCCCCUGUGGCUCGGGCAACGCACUGGCGGGAGCCGUGAACCAGCAUGGGGGGUUUGAGCCUGCCCUAGGCAUUGACCUGCUGCUCAACUGCUCACUGUUGCUCUGCCGGGGUGGCAGCCACCCAAUGGACCUGCUCUCUGUGACGCUGGCCUCAGGGUCCCGCUGUUUCUCCUUCCUGUCUGUGGCCUGGGGCUUUGUGUCAGACGUGGACAUCCAGAGCGAACGCUUCAGGGCCUUGGGCAGCGCCCGCUUCACGCUGAGCACGGUGCUGGGCCUUGCCACGCUGCAUACCUACCGCGGACGCCUCUCCUACCUCCCUGCCGCCAUGGAGCCUGCCUCACCCACCCCUGCCCAUGGUCUGCCCCGUGCCAAAUCAGAGCUGACCCUGGCCCCAGCCCCAGCCCCACCCGUGGCCCACUCACCCCUGCAUCGUUCUGUGUCUGACCUGCCCCUGCCCCUGCCCCAGCCUGCCCUGACGUCCCCAGGCUCACCUGAACCACUGCCCAUCCUGUCCCUCAAUGGUGGGGGUCCAGAGCUGGCUGGGGACUGGGGUGGGGCUGGGGAUGCCCCACUGUCCCCAGACCCACUGCUGCCCUCACCCCCUGGUUCUCCCAGGGCAGCUCUAUUGUCACCCACCACUGAGGGGGGCCCAGAAACGCCAGCAUCCUCUGGGCUCCUGCCUCCUACUUAUGGUGACCCAGUAGCUAUCUUUCCUGGGGGCCCACUGGACCACCUGCUUCCUCCUCUGGGUACCCCGCUACCCCCAGGCUGGGUGACGCUGGAGGGGGACUUUGUGCUCAUCUUGGCCAUUUCACCCAGCCAUCUUGGGGCUGACCUGGUGGCGGCUCCCCACGCACGCUUUGACGACGGCCUGGUGCACCUGUGCUGGGUGCGAGGUGGCAUCUCGCGGGCUGCGCUGUUGCGCCUUUUCCUGGCCAUGGAGCAUGGCACGCACUUCAGCCUGGGCUGCCCGCAGCUGUGCUAUGCUGCGGCCCGUGCCUUCCGCCUUGAGCCUCUCACGCCUCGUGGAAUAAUCACGGUGGACGGGGAGCAGGUGGAGUACGGGCCGCUGCAGGCGCAGGUGCAUCCCGGCCUCGGUACACUGCUCACUGGGCCUCCGGGCCACUCUGGUCGAGAGUCCUGAACCUAACUAAACUUGUAGCCCGCCGGGGGCGGGGCCUACAUUCCAAGGGGCGUGGCCCGGCUGCUAGAGUUAGGCGGAGGCCUCACGUGCAGGGGCUGUAGCCCAGUCUCAGGAUUGUGCCCGCCCCCAGGGGAACAGGUGAUGCUGGAGGGUGGCCCAAAUUCCAGGGAUUAGAAGCCGUCAGGGUUCCAGAUAAGUGGGCUCGCCCAGAGUGUAGUGUCUGACCAAUGGAGGCCUCCUGGAAGGCCGAGUUGGUUGAGGACGGAACCUGUCUUAACGCGCCGUCCAAUGACGGGACCUGGGAUGUACGGGCCGGGGAGAGGCCUUAGUUAAUUGGCCAGUCAGGACCCGGGUCUUGCCCUGUCCACUCCGGUGCCUCCACUUAACUGGCCAAUCAGCCCAGGCGGGGCAGGUUCCCCCGGGCCGAAGCUCGAAUUUGCACUAAAGUUCCUCUCCCGCCACCACCCGCGGGUGCGGGCGGGGAAGUUCAUCUCCCCUGUCUUCUGUCUCCCGUGCGUCCCCCAACCCCAAUCUUCAAAGCAAUUGAAAAGGUCUAUGCAAUAAAGGCAGUCGCUUCAUUCCUCUUA